AAAAGUGGAUACUGUUUCCGUUAUUUAGCUUGACUUCCGGCUAGCUUGUUUUCGACUUCGCAGCGUUGGCAACCUUAUCUAACAAUAGUGUGUUGAUCGUAUUGUGUUAGUUGUAUAACAAUUUUAUCGUUGAAGAGGUAAUAAUGUCAGGGGGAACUCGCCUAGAAAACGCCAAUCCUCUGAUAUUUCAGCGAUCGGGGGAAAGACUCCUCACUGCCACUGAUGAAGAUGAGGAUGUAGCGGAUCCCAUCGAUGACAGGGAGAUCUUCGAUCUGAUCAGAUCGAUCAAUGACCCUGAGCACCCACUGUCCCUCGAAGAGCUCAAUGUCGUGGAACAAAUGCUCAUCAAUGUGAAUGAUGAGGAGAGCACUGUGUCUGUGGAGUUCACACCGACCAUCCCACACUGCAGUAUGGCCACACUCAUUGGCCUGUCCAUCAAAGUCAAGCUUCUGCGCUCCCUUCCUGACAGAUUUAAGAUUGAUGUUCACAUCACGCCUGGCACACAUGCCUCAGAGGAUGCAGUCAAUAAGCAGCUUGCAGACAAAGAGAGAGUGGCAGCAGCUCUGGAGAACUCUCAGCUGCUGGAGGUGGUCAACCAGUGUCUGUCCUCCAGAGCCAUGUGAUCCCAAGAAUCCUGCUGCUGUUGUUGUGUAGUCCUUUGACAGUCAGGAUUGAACACUUACAAGCAAGCCAGAGUUGAGUGAUAAUAACAGUGCUAUUAUUUGUGGCUAUUUUUUUAUACAUCUAGUGCUGUACUCAACAAACAAUACCAGACCAGGAGGACUGUUUAGUGCUUAAAAAGUGAGAG